CAAGAUUCUUCAUACUCCAACGUUAUAAUACGCCAUUGCGUUUAAUGCUGUCUUCCCAGUUAGAUAUAUACUAGUCCAACUCUGUUGUGUCAGCUGUGAGCGAUAGACCUCACAUUUUAUUGGCCCGCCGUCUUUCCAACUAUAUCCACUCAGAAUUUAUCAUGGUCAAAAUUGCCAUAGCGGGAGCUUCUGGACAGCUGGCUAGGGAGAUCCUAGACGGACUUGCUGAAACUGGCAAACACGAGAUUAUCGGGUUGGUCAGAAAGGACCCCAAGUUACUUCCAAAACCCCGAGGGGUUCGCUGGGCACAGACCAACUAUGAAAAUAAGUCGCAGCUAGUUCAUCUUCUCCGUGGCGUGCACACAGUUCUAUGCUUCUUCAUCUCACACAAAGACCCAGGCGGAGUCAGUCAGAAGCGUCUAAUUGAUGCCGCUAUUGAAGCGGGCGUUGAACGAUACGCUGCAAGUGAAUGGUCUAUCGGUAGCAAACUUGAAAACGUCCGCGAUGCAGUCCCUUGGUACUCCAGCAAACUCGAUGUCCGCAUGUACUUACAAGAAUUAAAUCAGAAAGAGAAAGUUCUAGAGUACACUUUAUUCCAUCCAGGACUAUUUAUGAACUACCUUGGAUAUCCCCGCCAGACAACGAAGCACAUUACGGUCUUUCCACUCUUGUUCGACUUUGAUGGAAUGCGCGCGAUUGUGGGUGAACAAAGCCUAGACGCAAAGAUAGCCUACACAGCUGUUGAGGACAUCGUUGGGGUUGUUGCCCGUGCGGUAGAGUACGAGGGUGAGUGGCCGAGAGUUGGGGGGGUUGUAGGAAGCCAGGUCACUGUUGCACAGCUCCUAGAGCUAGGGGAGAAGAUACGAGGCAGGCCCUUUGACAUCGAGUGGGUCAAGAAGGACGCUCAGGUGGGCAGCGUCAAAGUGAGCUGGCUUCCACCGCUGGAUGAGCAGGUUCUGGCACAUGUUCCAAUGGAACAACAGGAGGCGUUCCAAACGGCCGUCGUGACAGGCACUUUGGUCGCGGUCACUGGAGGGGCCUGGGAGACGACAGAGGAGUGGAACCAGCUUCUGCCUGACUACAAGUUUACUAGCUUGGAAAAGUUUCUGAAGCAAGUCUGGGAGUCGACAUAGCAGCUACGGGGGUUUCUAGGAUGCAGAAUCUUUAGCAAUGGAAAGCC